AAUAUAUAUACAUAUGUAUGCAUUUUUCUCUUUCCUAAACUUUUAUCUUUUAUCUUUUUUGAUGAUUUGAACUCACAAAUUUAAAUUAAAAAAUUGAAAUGUAUGCUGCUUAUCAUCGGAGCAGCUCCCUCCAUUAAUCUCCAAUUAAAUUAGUUUUUUUGGGUCUUUUCUUGUUGAAUCCCACGGCUAUUUCUACGUAUGAGUACUUAUACAGUAAUAUUUCCCAAUACUUCCGUGUAUAAAUAAACUAUUAUUAGUAUAUAACAAAAAUAGAGUUUUGGAUAAUCAUUAAUACAUAAAAUAAAAAAAGAGUCCUAAAACAAAGCAAAAGCAAAGUCAUCAUUUUACCAACCUUCAUUCUUUAUCUCUUUCUUUUUUUCUCUCUAUUGACAAAUCAUUAUUUCACAAAAAAGGAAAAUGGCUAAGAAUUCAUUCAAGCAAGAACAUGAUCUUGAUAAGAGGCGUGCUGAGGCUGCUAGGAUUAGGGAAAAAUACCCAGAUAGGAUUCCGGUGAUAGUUGAAAAGGCUGAAAAAAGUGAGAUUCCCAACAUCGACAAGAAAAAGUACCUUGUGCCAGCUGACUUGACAGUCGGGCAGUUUGUCUAUGUCAUCCGCAAAAGAAUCAAAUUGAGUGCAGAAAAGGCAAUAUUCAUUUUUAUUGACAAUGUCCUACCGCCGACAGGGGCGAUCAUGUCUGCAAUCUACGAUGAGAAGAAGGAUGAAGACGGUUUCCUCUAUGUUACCUACAGUGGAGAAAACACAUUCGGGGGUGUGAACGAGCUGUAGCUUUCACGCUAGUGACAUUUGUUCAUUUGCUUACACUUCCCCCGUGACACUUUCCUAUCCUGCUGCCAUUAUCUUUCGUUCGCUUCCAAAAUCUUCAAGGUUAUGCUGGUAAAAUUCAUGUAUAGCAUAUAUUUAUGUAUAGUUAAAAACACAAGCAUUGCCCUGUUAAUAAUUUAUUCGGAUCCGACCUCCUUAAAGAUUGUAUUUGUGUCCGAAUCAGUUGCGAUUUUAUAAAGGGCAACCAUGGGAUGCCUAAGUAUUCUUGA